AUGUUUUCUUAUUUUCUCACUCACUCUUUUCUUUUCCUCUGUUUCUCAGUAUUUUUCCACACAUUCUUUUUCAUCUACCCCCCUCUCUCUCUCUCUCUCAUCUUUUCUCUUUCUUUCCGCAUUCGCUCUCUCUCUCUCUCUCUCUGUCUUUCCUCUUCUCUUUCUUUUCAAAUUCUCGCUUUUUUCACUUCUCUUUUUCAAGAUUCUCUCUCUCUAAUUUCCCAUUCUCUCUCUAUCGCGCGCCUUCUCUUCCUUUUCCUUUUUUUUCCUCUUCUCUGUAUUUCACUUUCUCUCCUCUUCUCUUUCUUUUCACUCUCUGUCUUUUCUUCUUUUUCUUUUCAAACUCACGCUUUCUCCCUCUUCUCUUUCUUUCAAGAGUCUCUCUCCUUUUCUCUUUCUUUCAAGAGUCUCUCUUUCUUUUCUUUCAAGAGUCUCCUCUUCUCUUUCUUCAAGAGUCUCUCUCCUUCUUCUCUUUCUUUCAAGUCUCUCUCCUCUUCUUUUCAAGAGUCUCUCUCCUCUUCUCUUUCUUUCAAGAGUCUCUCUCCUCUUCUCUUUCUUUUCGAUUUGAUUCCAAUCCUUUUCUCUUUCUUUACACUUUCUCUCUCCCUACUCCUCUCCUUAUUUCACUUUAUCUCUCUCUCUCUCCUCUUUUUUCUUUUCACUUUCUUUCUCUCUCCCCCUCUUUUCCUUUUAUCUCUCUCUCCCUCUUCUCUUUCUUUUCACUUUCUCUCUCUUUUCUCUUUUUAUCUCCUCUCCUCUCUCUCUCCUCUUCUCUUUCUUUUCACUUUCUCUCUCUCCCCUCUUUUUCCUUUAUCUCUCUUCUCUCUCUCCUCUUCUUUCUUUUCACUUUCUCUCUCUCCCCUCUUUUUCACUUUAUCUCUCUCUCUCUCUCCUCUUCUCUUUUCUUUUCAUUUUCUCUCUCUCCCCUCUUUUCACUUUAUCUCCUCUUCUUUCUUUUUCACUUUCUCUCUCCCCUCUUUUUCACUUUUAUCUCUCUCUCUCUCUCUUCUCUUUCUUUCAUUUCUCUCUCCCCCUCUUUUCACUCUCUUUAUCUCUCCUCUUCUCUUUCUUUUCACUUUCUCUCUCUCCCCCUCUUUUUCACUUUAUCUCUCUCUCUCUCUCCUCUUCUCUUUCUUUUCACUUUCUCUCUCCCCUUUUUCACUUUCUCUCUCUCUCUCCUCUUCUUUUUUCUUUUCAUUUUUCUCUCUCUACCCUCUUUUUUCUUUCACUCUCUUUUUUCUUUUUUACUUUUCUCUCUCUCCCCUCUUUUUCGCUUUCUCUCUCUCCUUUUCUUUUCCGUUUCUCUCUUCUUUGUCUCCACCACCCUCUCUCUCCUCCUCUCCCUCUCUUUCCCUCUCUCUCUCUCCCUCCUCCCACUCACUCUCUCUCCAUCUCUCCCCUCUCUCCCCCUCUCUCCCCCUCUCUCUCACUCCCUCUCUCUCAGUCCCUCUCUCCUCUCCUUUUCUCCCUCUCUCCCCCUCUCUCUCUCUCGCUCCCUCUGUCCCUCUCUCCUCCUUCUCUCCCCUCCUCUCUCUCCCUCUCUUUCCCUCUCUCUGUCUCCCCUCUCCCUCUUUCCCUCUCUCUCUCCUCUCUCCAUCUCCCCUCUCUCCCUCUUUCUCCCUCUUUCUCUCCUCUUUUCUCCUUCUCUCUCCCUCUCAUUCCUUCUCUCCCUAUCUCUCCCUAUCCCUCCCUCUCUCCCUCCUUCUCCCUCCUCCUUCUCCCUCUCCUCCUCUCCCUCUCUUUUUAAAUCUAAUAUCCUCUUUUAUCACUCCUUCUCUUUCUGUCUUCCCCAAUUUUCUUUCUUUUCCUUCCGCUUUUUUCUCCUUCUUCUCUUCUUUUCUUCUCUCCUCCCUCUUUUCUAUCUCCCCAUUGCACCCUCUUUUCCCUUUUCUCUUGACUAGUCACUUUCCUUUCUCCUCUUCCACUCUUUCCAUUUCUUUCUUUUCUCCUCUCUCAUUUCUCCCAUUUUUCUUUUUAUUUUGUUUUCUCUCUUAUUCUCUCUUUCAAACUUUCUUGAUUUCUUCUCUUUCCUUUCUUUUUUCUAUCACUUUCCCUUCUAUCUCUUUCCAAUUCUCUCUCGCCUUCCCUAUAUCCCUUUUCAACUUUCUCCCUUUCUCUCUCUCUCUCUCCUUCUCUCUGUGUGUUUCUCUCUUCUCUUCUCUUCUUUUCUUUUCUCUCUUUCAACUUUCUUUUCUCUCCUAUUUUUCUUUGUUCUUUCUUUCCAUUUUCUCUCUCUCUCUCUUCUCCCCUCUCACACCCUCUUUUUUUCUUUUUAUCCCUUUUCCUCUCCUCUUCCUUUUGCUUCUCCUUUUCCUCCCUUUCAUUCUCCUUUUUAUUCAUCCCUUUCUCGUCUCGUCUCUCUCAUUUUCCUUUAACCCUUUCCUCUUCUUUCUCCUUUCCUUCUCUUUUUCCUUCUCCUUUUCCUUUAUUUAUUUUUUUCUCUCCUUUCCUUCUCUAUCCCUUUCCUCAUCUCUCUCAUUUUCCUUUUUUUUUUUCCUCUUCUUUCUCCUUUCCUUCUUUUUUCUUCUCCUUUUCCUUUAUUUAUUUCCUUUUCUCUCUCCUUUCCUUCUCUAUCCCUUUCCUCAUCUCUCUCUCAUUUUCCUUUAA